AUGCCACUCCAACCAUCAACCUUCUUCUUCACUCCCAUCAAAGCAACUACCUCUCUCUCCUUAGCUUCACAUUCUAUUUUCCCACUCUCCAAAAAGCUCUGCACUUUCUCAAACAGAAUGUUCAUGGGAAAAAUGAGUCCUUUGGGGAUUUUCCUGUUGGGUUUAGCUGCAAUGGCGUGCUCUGUUCAUGGAUACGACGCUGGGUGGGUCAAUGCUCAUGCCACUUUCUACGGUGGAAGUGAUGCUUCUGGAACAAUGGGUGGCGCUUGUGGGUACGGGAAUCUCUACAGUCAAGGCUACGGAACCAACACGGCGGCGUUAAGCACCGCACUGUUCAACAACGGCCUUAGCUGCGGCGCGUGUUUCGAGAUCAAGUGCCAGAGCGACGGCGCGUGGUGUUUACCCGGUGCAAUCGUGGUCACAGCGACCAACUUCUGCCCUCCCAACAACGCUCUGCCUAAUACCGCAGGUGGUUGGUGUAACCCUCCGCUUCACCAUUUUGAUCUCUCUCAGCCUAUCUUCCAACGCAUUGCUCACUACAAAGCUGGUGUUGUCCCUGUUUCUUACAGAAGGGUUCCGUGUAAGAGAAGGGGAGGUAUAAGAUUCACAAUCAACGGCCACUCUUACUUCAACCUUGUCUUGGUCACUAAUGUCGGCGGCGCCGGAGAUGUUCGCUCUGUGGCGGUUAAAGGUUCAAGAACAAACUGGCAGCAGAUGUCGAGGAACUGGGGACAAAACUGGCAAAGCAACAAUCUUCUUAAUGGUCAAGCAUUGUCCUUUAAGGUUACUGCUAGUGAUGGUCAAACCGUUGUCUCCAACAACGUUGCUCCUGCUAGCUGGUCCUUCGGACAAACCUUCACCGGCCGUCAAUUCCGUUAAAAGUUGUGUCAGAAGUUCGGUUUAUGUAGUUUAGGGUUUGUGUAGCGUCAAGGACAGAGGAGAGAAAAGAGUUGGAGAGAAAGAGGGUUUAAUAAGGCUCUGUCAGGGUUUUAAUUCGAGAGCCAUUAAACUUCUUCUUUCAACUUUUGAGGGUAAAAUGGUGAAAAGGGCUUGUUUUAUAAGGGCUCUUUUAGUCAUUUUAAGAACUAGGGUUAUAGUGAGUAUUGAGUAGUGUGGUGUGUGCGUCUUUUAGCAAAGGGACCUCUAUGUAAUGGUUUCCUUUGUUUUGUCAACUUUUUUUUUACCUUCUGUCUUUUGGUUUGAAAAGCAGAAGUGGGUAAAGGGCAGAGGAGGAACUUCCACCCGCCAUGUGUUUUUCUUUUUCUUUUGGGUUGUGUUUUGUUGUUGACAUGAAGUUGUAAUGUAAGGGCUGCUUAAUCAGCAUACUUAUGGGCUUGAUAAAUGUUAUGUUACCAAGUAUGAA